CUAGUCAUUUUUUUGGCUUUCAAUUAUUUCUAUCAACUAUCAGCUAAUAACCACCCUAUUCUUUUUCCUCCUUGACACUUAUAAAAUUUGACCAUUUUGUUGCAUUUUUACAAUGGCUUUGAUGAACAAUGCUGCUACAUUUUUGAGUCCAGAGCAUUUGUGUAAGCCGAAACAGAACAUUAUGGGCACGGCCAUGCAGGCUCUGAGGGCUAAUUCUUUUCCGAUUUUAAGCGAUUCGAUGGUUUCGAGCCGACGGCUUGUGGUGAAGGCCAGUGGAAGGACUUCUAAGGGCAUUGACAUGAUCAAUGGAAAAAAGGUUAAUGGAAUUUAUGUGAAUGGUGGAACUUCACAGCUGGGGCAAAAAAGAAUUAGUGAGAUUCUGAAAGGUGACGAGGAGGAGCCGGAGAUGACGUGUCUUCCAGGUGGCAGAUUUUUGGAAGGGCGAUUGGUUUUUAGACAGACAUUUGUUAUCAGGUCUUAUGAAAUUGGCCCUGACAAGACUGCUACCAUGGAGACUCUGAUGAAUUUGCUUCAGGAGACGGCGCUUAAUCAUGUCAGGAGAUCAGGUCUUGCAGGGAAUGGAUUCGGAGCAACCCAUGAAAUGAGCCUAAGGAAACUUAUAUGGGUUGUGACUCGCAUUAACAUCCAAGUGGACAAAUACAGCUCCUGGGGAGAUGUUAUUGAGAUUGAUACAUGGGUUGAUGCGGCAGGAAAAAAUGGUAUGCGUCGAGACUGGAUCAUACGCGAUUUCAAGUCUCAAAACAUCAUUACCAGAGCUACAAGCACAUGGGUUAUAAUGAACAGAGAAACAAGGAAACUGAGUAAAAUUCCUGAAGAAGUCAAGCGAGAAGUUGAACCAUUUCAUCUGAACAGAGUUGCAAUUGCAACAGAAGAUAUCGAUUCUGAGAAGAUUGAAAAACUUAACAAUGAUAUUGCUGAUAGAAUUAGAUCUGGUCUAGCCCCAAGAUGGAGCGACAUGGAUGCUAAUCAACACGUAAAUAAUGUCAAAUACAUUGGAUGGAUCCUCGAGAGUGUGCCAAUGCACGUGCUAGAAGAUUACGAUCUGAGCAGCUUGACACUGGAGUACAGGCGAGAAUGCAGGCAAUCCAACAUGCUCGACUCCUUGACAAGUAUGAAAACACUGUCUUCCGACCAGAAUAAUUCAAACACUCUUCAAACUAACUGUAGUACAAGUAGUGAACAUAAUGGAACUUUAGAAAAAUUACAAUGCACGCACUUGCUUCGUAUGGAAACCGAUCAUGCAGAGAUUGUCCGCGCAAGAUCCACAUGGCAACCAAAAUUGUAUCCCUCGAUGUAGGAAAUCUGAUCAGUUUCGUUCAUGUUGGCCUUUUUGUUUGGUUUUCUGCGGAAUAUCUGUACUGAAUGUUGUAAUUUUCAUGUAAGACUGGGAUAAAUUGAUUGCUGAUUUAUUCAUAAAUUGUAAAAGAUCACAGAGUUGUGAGUGGUUCUACAUAUCAUAAUUUGAAUUUUCAGAAUGAA